AGAGAGAAUUGCCCUCUAGUACAGAAAAAUAUUGGAUCUCUAUACUAGUAUACUGUAAUGCUUUUUCCUCCACAAAAAGCACUCAUCAUCCCUUUCACCUCCAUUUCUCACAUUCACACUUCAAACUCUCUGCAACCCCCCAAUAAUAAUAAUCUAGUUUUAAAAAAAUAAUAAUAAAAUUCAGACAACAUUUCAGAACACUCUCUUUCAACUUAAGUCCUUGUUUGACAGUUCAUUCCCAUUAAAUCUCCAACACCCAUCAUCCAUACAAAUCCCCUCCUAUUAUACUUACACCAAUACACACACAAACACUUUACCACUGUCCUGUAGGCUGUACAUACUAAAUCAAGAUUUUCGGUACAAAAAUCAAGAAUCUCUAGAUGUCCUCAACUAUAGCUCGUGAGCUUCUGUUGUCUUUGCUGUUGCUGCUUAUCCUCAGUUUUGCACAAGCGAAUGGGUUGGUAAUGGAGAAUGGAACAAUGGUGGAAAUGGUUCCACUGAUUGAGCCAGGAAAGACGGGGGAGAUGAUGAUGAUGAUGAAUGAUAGCCGGAGGCGGCUUGGGAGCUUUCAGAUUUGUGCACCUUGUACUUGUUGUGGUGGGGCGAAAAAUUAUUGUGUGCCUUCUCCUUGUUGCUAUGCAAUCAAUUGUAACAUACCGAACAGGCCUUUUGGGUUUUGUUCGUUUACCCCGAAGUCUUGCAAUUGUUUCGGAUGCCAUCUCUAGAUUGUUUUGAUAAUCUAUUUUUUUGGCUGUUGGUAUUUCCAGUGCAAAGGUUAUUGUUACGGGCUGGGUUAAGUUGUAGGUGUUGGUACUGUGUGUGCAUUUAAGAAUUGUAGAAUUUGUUUUAUUGGGCAUUCAUCAAAGAUGAUAAACUUUGAGCUGGAAAUAUCAUGUGCUUAUUCAUGGGGCUGUGGAUGUGUUUGGGAGUGUUGAAUGAAAAGAAUAUAUGUUCUUGGACUAUAUCUUGUUUAUUUUUUGUGAGUAGGGAUUGCAAUUUGGGUUUCAAGUUUGUGCUUGUGUUUACAAACUUGUCAAUAUAGUGUUUUUUAAAAUGUA